AUGGCUUCACUAUUUCCAGACUCGAGUCCUGCGCCAUUAGUGACACAACAACUGGAUCUCUCCCCCACCUUGAACGCGUCUUCUGCUGUAAAGAAGGUCGGAAUGUCAAUCACCUUGCCGCGCAACUUUGCGCCCUUGUCACUUGAUCCAAACGAAGCACCAAGAACUCCAGAUCAGACGUUCGCUCAACUAGAGCUUCCUCCACCACCUUCACAUUCUACAUAUCGUUUAAGGCGGCCUCGAGUGAAUCUAGCGAGCUUCCAGUCAAGACGAAACGUUCUGUCUGCAACUCUGUUUGCUUCCGAAAUUCCCGUCCCCUCGAGCGCCGGACCACUGGUCACCAGCUUUUCAAACGCCGAUCUACCCUCUGAUACCAUCGUGCCAUCAGUUGAGUCAAGCAGUCCGUUGCGACCAAAGCUAUUUCAGGCCUAUUCCGAGCCAAUGGAUAGCACACGAUUGAGGCUCAUGGAGGACACCUUCACUCCUCAUACUCCCCCAGGACAGACUACUCAAGUACUGCCCGAAGUCAAACACGAUGAGUGGAAUCUCCGACGUACCACCUCUGUUCGUUCGAAUCAGUCAGAUUCUUCUCUGUCUACAACAGAGACAUACGAAACUCGACCGACAUCCUACGAUGGCUCUGUGACCGAGCAAGACGAUCAGAAUUCGGAUCCGUUCACCUCGCACGAGCCGAUCAAAGUUAUCCCUGCAACACCUCAAAGAAAGAGCAAAAAGUUGAGGCUCACAAACUUCCUCUCCAAGAAUAACUUUGACUGGCCUGUCGACAUGGACAAUCACCUGUUCAACGUCUAUCAGAUGUACCUCGCAGAUCCUACCGUGACACCCUUCAAAACUGUUCCGGGCAGUAUACCCCCAACCGGUGUCUGCCACAGAGUAGCUCGUCGCGCCAAGGAGACUUGGUCCAAAGCCAGUCGCAUCGAAAUGCCCCUCAUACAGCGCUACAAAGUUAGAAGCUUGCUCGACGUUCGAAUGACACCUCGUGAGAAGACGCCAGAUCCUGACAAUUUCCUGAGCAUCGCCAACAGUGACCGCCGCCCAAGUUGGCCAUCCGAAAGCGCCACUAGGAAGCGUCUGAAGCAGUUGUGUAGGGAAAAGUUCACCAUCUCAGCACACUACAACAGAUUGAGAGAAUCUAGAAGUCCUUCACCAUUUGCCGACCAGUUCGUGCCAAAGCGUCCAUCCAGAUUGAGCGCCUCGCCAAUGCAGCCUGUGAAGGAUGAAAGCAUGUACAGUACAAGAGAAAUGCACAUCAAUCUUGUUGCCACUGGUGCAACAGAACCUCUUGCUCAACUCACAACUGGCGACUCUCCACCUAUGGAAUCUGCUUUGCAGAAUUUUAACCGCGAUAUCGAUGCUACUGAGCAGGUAGAGGCUCCAACUACAGGACUUGGGAUCCAGCAGGAGCCGAUCCCUGUGGACAAGACCAAAUUGUCUGCCGAUACGAAUAUUCCAAGACUCGCUUCGCCCUUCUCGUACAAUACCUGGAAUGGUCCUAUUCGACCAGAGAAUCACCAUCGAAGGCAGAUUGGCAAAAAUCAUUUUGACACCAUGCAUGCCACUGGACCUCGAUUGUUGUCACCUUUCCACCCAGAAAUGGACGCUGGCAUGAAUUUCAACAAACGUCGUGCCCAGCAUAAUCUUGAAGACGAGCUCAGCCCUAGUGGGAGCAGUCUUGCCGGUCACACUUUGGGUCUUAACCUUGAUGAGGCACCUCCAGCUUUCGUAGAAGAGGAACCAAAACAAGAACUCGUCUUCAGUGGAUUUGGCGACCUCAAUCAGCGCCGCGUACGCCUGAGGAACCGAGGGGCUACUCUGGGUACAGCUCACGAAAGAAUCGCGAGGUUGUUCACCCCAUUUCCACCUGAUCAAGAGAACAACGCGCCACCUGUUCCUCCGAUUCCAGCUCAGUUUGCUUCCAGUAGCAAUGCCGCGAGUCAGGUUGUUGGGUUAAUGCCACCCAAGGUCGACGAAAAUCAAAGGCGGCUAGGUUCACCAUUCGAGCUUGACCCCAACAAGAGAUCUCUACGUGGCAAACCACGGCAUCUGCCAAGUUUGAGCGACCCUUUCAUUCAGUUCACUCACGGCAUGCCUACCAUAGCUAAUACACAACAAACCACGAACAUUGGCAAUAUUGGUGAUAGAUUGGCGUCUUUCGAGCAGAACCUUGGUGAUUACAGAACCCCACAAUUAUGA